AUGGUGGUCUGCAUACUGUUGUGGUGGAUUCUAAAAGUGCUUACCCUGUCUUUCUUGCUGAAAACGACUCUGUCCUUAAAUCCAGAUGAUCCCAAUGUUUGUAGUCACUGGGAAAGCUAUGCUGUGACAGUACAGGAAUCUUAUGCUCACCCUUUCGAUCAGAUCUAUUAUACGAGAUGUACUGAUAUACUGAACUGGUUCAAGUGCACUAGACAUCGAAUAAGUUAUAAAACAGCAUAUCGAAGAGGACUAAGAACAAUGUAUCGGCGAAGAUCUCAGUGCUGCCCUGGAUAUUAUGAAAGUGGAGACUUCUGCAUACCUCUCUGCACAGAAGAGUGUGUGCAUGGAAGAUGUGUAUCUCCAGAUACCUGUCAUUGUGAACCAGGCUGGGGAGGCGUUGACUGCUCCAGUGGUUGUGAUAGCGAUCACUGGGGACCACAUUGUAGCAACCGCUGCCAAUGCCAGAACGAGGCUCUCUGCAACCCUAUCACUGGCGCCUGUGUCUGUGCAGAUGGGUACAAAGGAUGGCGCUGUGAAGAGCUCUGUGACCCUGGGACUUACGGAAAGGGCUGCCAGUUUAAAUGCCAGUGCUACAAUGGAGCAACCUGUGACCAUAAAACAGGAGAAUGUCAUUGUGCUCCCGGAUACACAGGGGUAUUCUGUGAAGAGCACUGCCCUCCAGGCAGUCACGGAGCUCAGUGUGAAUUGCGCUGCCCGUGCCAGAAUGGGGGAGUCUGUCACCAUAUCACCGGCGAGUGCUCCUGUCCUCCUGGGUGGAUGGGUUUUGUAUGUGCCCAGCCAUGCCCUUCCGGAACCUUUGGAAUUAACUGCAGCCAGGAUUGUCCAUGCCAUAACGGAGGACAGUGUGAUCAUGUGACAGGAAAAUGCCUGUGUACAGCUGGAUAUAUGGGAGACAGGUGUCAAGAGGAGUGUCCUAUUGGGACAUAUGGCUUUCAGUGCACUCAAAAAUGUGACUGUCAAAAUGGUGCAAAGUGUUACCACGUAAACGGAGCAUGUAUGUGCGACCCUGGGUUUAAAGGGAUUCGUUGCCAAGAAAGAAUGUGUCCAGAAGGGCUUUAUGGCCUAAAAUGCCACAAGAAAUGUCCUUGUAAUAUUAACAACACUCUCAGCUGCCAUCCACUCUCUGGAGAAUGUACCUGUAAAGCUGGCUCGGCCGGACUCUAUUGCAACGACACCUGUCCUCCUGGAUCCUAUGGCGAAGGCUGCCAGUUCACCUGCCUUUGCCAGAACGGUGCAGAUUGUGGUAGUGUGACAGGAAAAUGCACCUGUGCUCCAGGAUAUAUGGGAGAUGAUUGCUCCAUUACUUGUGGGGCCAGAACCUAUGGAGCCAACUGCUCGUCAGUGUGUAACUGCAAAAAUGAUGGUGCAUGUUCCCCCGUGGAUGGCUUGUGUCUUUGCAAAGAAGGAUGGCAGGGGGUUGACUGCUCCAUUCCAUGUCCAAGUGGAACUUGGGGUCUUAACUGUAACCAAACAUGUUACUGUAACAAUGGAGCAGCCUGCAAUCCAGUGGAUGGGUUUUGUCUUUGUUCGCCUGGAUGGCAAGGAGAGUACUGUGAUCAGGCAUGCCCUGAUGGAACAUAUGGCCUUAAUUGCAGUGAACGCUGUGACUGUAGCCAUGCAGACGGGUGUGAUGCUGUCACUGGUUAUUGCUGCUGUCUUGCCGGGUGGACAGGCAUCCAUUGUGAUAAUGUAUGCGCACAGGGCCGCUGGGGACCAAACUGCUCCAUCUCUUGUAACUGUGAGAACGGGGGAUCCUGCUCGCCGGAGGAUGGGACUUGCGAGUGUGCGCCAGGAUAUAGAGGACCCAUGUGCCAGAGAAUUUGUUCACCUGGCUUUUAUGGGCAUCAUUGCAGUCAAGCAUGUCCCCCGUGUGUGCACAGCAGCGGGCCUUGUCACCAUGUUACUGGACGUUGUGAUUGUUUGCCUGGAUUCUUUGGCUCACUCUGCAACCAAGUGUGUGCCAGUGGAAGGUAUGGGAAGAACUGUGCUGAGGUCUGUCAAUGUACCAACAAUGGCACAUGCAAUCCUAUUGAUGGAACUUGUCAAUGUUUUCCGGGAUGGAUAGGGAAAGACUGCUCUCAGACUUGUCCAGCUGGUUUUUGGGGACCAGAUUGCUUUCACACGUGCAACUGCCACAAUGGAGCAAUGUGCAAUCCUUACGAUGGAGAAUGUAGAUGUACCGCUGGUUGGACUGGGCUCUACUGUACUCAGCGUUGCCCAGCUGCCUUUUAUGGAAGAAAUUGUGCCAAUGUUUGUCAGUGUCAGAACGGAGCAGAUUGUGACCACAUCACUGGGCAAUGCACAUGCAGAACUGGAUUUACGGGCAAACAGUGUGAGCAAAAGUGUCCACCUGGAUCAUUCGGUUAUGGUUGCAAACAGCUAUGCGAAUGCAUGAAUAAUGCUACAUGUGAUCAUGUCACUGGUACAUGCUACUGUAGUCCAGGCUUCAAAGGAAUCAGGUGCGAUCAAGCGGCUCUUAUGAUGGAAGAAUUAAAUCCCUAUACUAAAAUUAGCCCCGCUCUCGGAUCAGAGAGGCACUCAGUGGGAGCAAUCAUUGGAAUUAUUAUUCUCCUUCUAAUUAUUAUGGUUUUGCUGGCACUGUUUGUGUGGUAUCGACGGAAACAGAAGGAGAAGGGGCAUGACAUGCCAAGUGUAUCUUACACUCCAGCCAUGAGGAUGACUAAUACAGAUUACUCACUUUCUGAUGUAUCUCAAGGUAGCGGCAGUGUACAUUGUUUUUCCAAUCCAAGCUACCACACUCUGUCAUGUGGUGUGACUUCACGCUUCUUUACCAAUAAUCUGGAUGGGAACAGCUCCAGUAAGCUCAGUAACAAAGUCCUUGACAGAGAAACUGCAGAUCGGAGACCGUACAGCUAUCUGAAUGAACUAGGUGCUUGUGGGAUGGAUAGACGUCAGAACACAUACAUAAUGGAAAAAAGCUUCAAAGAGUAUAUGAAAGAAUCUGUGUGUAGUUCAAGCACCUGCUCUCUGAACAGCAGUGAAAACCCAUACGCCACCAUUAAGGAUCCACCCAUCUUGACAUGUAAACACUCGGAGAGCAGUUAUGUGGAAAUGAAAUCACCCAUUCACAGGGAUUCGCCCUAUUCAGAAAUGCCAACCUCAUCAACGACUAAUAAAAAUAUAUAUGAAGUUGAGCCCACUGUCAGUGUGGUCCAAGAAGCCCGUGGUCGUAGUGCUAAUUACAACCAGAAUCCAUAUGACCUGCCUAGGAACAGCCACAUUCCUAGUCAUUAUGACCUUCUCCCAGUAAGACACAGCCCUACCCAUGGGGCAUCUUGGGACAAGCAGUCUUAA